AUGGACAAUGGAAAGAAAACUACAGAGAUUUCUAAAAAUGGGAUUAACGAUUUCAUCAAAUCUAUCAUCCUUUCCGAUCCUUAUACAAAGGAAACUAAAGAACCCUUUUUCGUUCUCGAUUUAGGCAUGGUUACAUCUCUCAUGGCUAUAUGGAAAGAAAAUCUCCCCACCAUCCGCCCUUUCUACGCCGUCAAAUGUAACCCUAACCUUUCUUUACUCACCCACAUGGAAACCCUAGGCGCCAACUUCGACUGCGCUAGCCAAAAAGAGAUCGAACUCAUCCUUUCUCUAGGAAUCUCUCCAAACCGGAUCAUAUUCGCAAACCCAUGUAAACCCGAUACCCAUAUUCGCUAUGCAUCCAAAACGGGUGUCACAAGAACCACAUUCGAUUCCGUUUACGAGGUUGAAAAGAUCAAAAAGAACUACCCGGAUGGUAACUGUCAACUCUUAAUCCGGGUCAAACCCAUACACGAUUACGGGUCGGCUAGAUGCCCGUUGGGAGCGAAAUACGGCGCCCUACCGAACGAAGUCGAGCCGCUUCUAAAAGCGGCCAAACUCUCCGGGCUAGACGUGGUCGGCGUCUCGUUUCAUAUAGGCAGCGGCGACGCAGACUGCCGAUCGUACCACUCGGCUAUCUCAGCCGCUCGAGACGUAUUCGACACGGCGACAAAACUAGGGUUUCCAAGGAUGCGGGUUUUAAACAUUGGCGGCGGAUUCACAGCCGGUUCACAAUUCAUAGAAGCAGCCGAAGCUGUGAACUUUGCUAUCCAAACCUAUUUCAAAGACGAACCGGAUCUUGAAAUAAUUGCCGAACCGGGUCGGUACUUUGCGGAGCACCCGUUUACAUUGGCGGCGAAUGUUAUUGGGAAACGUGUGAGAGGGGAGUUAAGAGAGUAUUAUAUAAACGACGGGCUUUACGGGUCGUUUAAUUGUAUACAAUAUGAUCAUGCGGUUAUUACGGUGAAGGCAUUUAUGGUUGAGUCGGAUCCGGAGAAUGUAAAUGGGUUCGGGUCAAUGACAUAUGGGUCGACUGUUUUUGGCCCGACUUGUGAUGCACUUGAUACGGUGGUGGAAGGUUAUGAGCUGCCGGAGAUGGAGAUCGGAGAUUGGAUGGUGUUCCCUAAUAUCGGGGCUUAUUCGUCGGCUUCUGGAUCGAAUUUUAAUGGUUUUAAAGGUGUUGGACUUUCAACUCAUUUGGUUUAUUCUAAGGGUGGCUAAUAAUUUAGGGUUUGAUUAGUGGUUAAAUAAUUGUGUUUUAAGUGGAAUAUAGUUUUAUCCAUGUGGCACUUUUUUUGUUUUUUUAAUAUUUUAAGUUGA